UGUCAAUAUCUUAGCAAGCCAUCUUGUGGAAAGGUCUUUGGAAUAACGUUAUUAUCGUACGAUUUUGACAUGCACAUUUGGCCUAAGAUGAAUUUUCAUAGGAGAAAAUGACUCUCCUAGUUAUCAACCAUGAAUGCCCGGAGCCCAAUGCAGUCCUAUUGGAGCAACUCGCUGGCAAUUCGUCAGGAAAUCCAGCGCUUCGAAAGCGUGCACCCAAGUAUCUAUGCUAUUUAUGACUUGAUCGAAGCGAUUCCCGAUCCGUUGAUUCAACAACAAAUACGUGAACAUGUGGUUUGCAUUGAAGAUUCAUUUGUGAACAGUCAAGAAUGGACACUAAGUCGCUCAGUCCCAGAUCUCAAACUGGGUAUUCUUGGAAGCGUACAAAGCGGAAAGUCGGCUCUGGUACAUCGCUACCUUACAGGUUCUUACAUGCAGGAGGAGUCACCAGAAGGUGGGCGUUUUAAGAAAGAAGUAAUCUUGGAUGGGCAGAGUUAUCUUCUCCUUAUACGAGAUGAAGGAGGUGCUCCUGAAAUGCAGUUCACGCACUGGGUUGAUGCCAUCAUCUUCGUAUUCAGUCUAGAGAAUGAGCUCAGCUUCCAGGCCGUGUACAGCUAUUAUGCCAAGAUGGCGCACUACCGUAAUGCUGCUGAAAUACCACUCAUACUGGUAGGAACGCAGGAUGCCAUAAGCGAAAGUAAUCCUCGCCUAAUUGACGACAUGAGGGCGAGAAAACUUGCCUCCGAUUUGAAGAGAUGCUCCUACUAUGAAACGUGUGCCACAUAUGGUUUAAAUGUCGAGAGAGUCUUUCAGGAUGCUUGCCAAAGGAUAGUACAGACCCGGUACCCAUCUUUACCAUCUACUGUGACCCCUGUCCCAAGUACCCCAAACCACUCACAACGAUCCUACUAUGGCACACAGUCCAGCAAGCCCUAUGAUAGUCAUAGCACCAGCAGUCAGUCCACAUCUAGCUCCGGAACACUGGUAACCGGGACUAGUAUCCAGAACAACACUAGUCAGGGGGUGAACCAGGGUCAGCAGUCAGGGAGCAGUACCAAAGAGAAGGAGAUGCGAGAAUCCACAAAGGAGAAGUCAGAUAGGAAGAAGAAGGAGCAUCAGCAUCUCCCUCCUCCCCAGCAACUCCCCCCACCUCUUCCCGAGCCCGACUCACAGGAAGAUAGAGUUGAUUUUAGAGAAGUAACAGCAUCGACACCUCUGGCUGUUCGGAAAAAUAAAAAACCCACCGCUUCUGUUCAGAAAUCCAACUCCUUUAGUGGAGCUACUGAUCUUCGCCAACAUGUCCACCAUUCCACGGCCAAUUUUUUGGCUCGGAAAAACAAACAAUCCCUGAAGCCCACUUUCAUGAGUGAAAAAAUGGAUUCUUACAUGAUGGAAUUACAAAUUCACGACAAUAGUCCUUUCACCCCUCUCCUGACUAGAAUGACACGUGUCAGAUCCAGCCUCAUACUAGAUAAGCCUGAAGGGAAAGACUUGCCUACUCCAACAAGCACUCCAACGCAGUCUAGAAAAAACAGACGGAGGUCGAAUCUCUUCAAUGCCAAAAAGGAGGAUGAGAAGAAGUGUGAGGGGGAGAAGCUUGGCAGUGGACGGGCAAUACCGCUAAAACAGGGUUAUUUGUACAAGAAGAGUCAUGGCUUGAACAAGGAGUGGAAGAAGAAAUAUGUGUGUCUGCAAGACCAGGGCAAGCUCACGUACCAUCCUAGUUUACAUGACUACAUGGACGAUGUGCACGGGAAGGAGAUUCCGCUAGUACACACGACGGUGAAGAUACCAGGAUUGCGGCCUCGCGGCUCUCGUACGACCACCACUACAACCACCGCCCAUCACCCACCACCACCGCCAGUCAAUGGAGAUAUCAGCAGUCUAUCUGUUUCAGAAGCUACGCAAGACGGUGGUGUUCCUACAAUAGAUAACUCUCUAGUUAUACCAAACUCAUCAAUAACCCCACCUGGUUUUGAUGGUUCUGAUUCACCACGUCCCUCGCCACGCCCACCUCCUCGACCGAAAACUUCAGGAGUACCAAGGUUGGGUAUCAACAACUCAGCACUGAGCUCCAAAGCAGAGACUCCCAAUGUGAAAAAGAGGCAUCGGAGAGCGAAAAGUGGAGGGAUUAAAAAUAUUGAUCCUAGUCAAGGAGAUGAUUCUGAUGGUUACGAGUUUGUUAUAGUUUCUUUAGAAAAUAAACAAUGGCACUUUGAGGCUGGAAAUGGGGAGGAAAGAGACGAAUGGGUGUGUGCCAUCGAGCAGCAAAUUCUUACUAGUCUUCAAGGCAAUGAUAGCUCAAAGUCAAAGGCCUUGACAGAUGUAGCAGGGAUGCAAGCAAUCCGAAAUGUGAGGGGAAACAAUGCCUGUGCAGACUGUGGCUCUCCAAACCCUGACUGGGCUAGUAUUAACAUGGGAGCUCUGAUCUGUAUAGAGUGUUCUGGCAUCCACCGCAACCUAGGAACUCACAUCUCCAAAGUUAGAUCUCUGGACUUGGAUGAAUGGCCGCCGGAGGUGACGAAGGUGAUGACUGCUAUUGGCAAUAGUACGGUCAACUCUGUAUGGGAAGCUAGUGCUGGUGCUAAGGAGAGGACCAAGCCUACCCAGUCCUCCCCUAGAGAUGAGAAGGAGAGAUGGGUUAAAUCCAAGUAUGAACUUAAGGAGCUAUUACCACCUCUCCCCUAUGUGGAUAUCCCAGUAAACCAGCAACUGAUUGAUGCUUUGGUCCGCGAAGAUAUCCGAAAUAUUGUCAUAAUCCUGGGUCAUGGUCAGCCAGACGACAUCAAUGCCCCAUACAGUAAAGACGAUGGCCGAACAGCACUUCAUAUAGCUGCAGCACUGGGAAAUGUAGUCUUUGUGCAAUUGUUGCUGUGGAAUAAUGCCAGUGUGAAGGUGGUGGACCACGAAGGCCGGAAUGCUCUGUGGUAUGCCAAGAGUUCAGGAUCCACAGAAUGUGUAGAGCUCCUUAUUAACAAUGGCUGCCCCGAACAUCCUACAUUGCCGCGGAGGAGGGGCAGUGCUCAGCCCUCGGGCAAAAAUGAUGUAUUUGACAAAUUGCCUGCAAGUGUUAUUUGAGCAGUUACCACAGACCGAAAAGACACGAGUGUGAAGGGCACAAGCAUUGAGUAUUCAUGGAAACCACACACAAAUAUCAGUCCCAUUGCAGUCCCAGUGCAGUCCCAGUGCGACUUGGUGUUGUCAGUGAGGUUCAGAGGUUAUGUCACGUUUCGAUACCACUUUGACAGCAGUGAUGGCAUAUGUACGUGAAAGGUGAUUAGCUAGAUUGCCUUAGUUUGACGUACCAGCCCAUAACGCAUGUGUGUCAAUGUUUCGCUGCUUAGCCCUGUUUCAGUUGCACACUAGUAGAGCAACCAGUGCUAAACGGUUUCACUGCCUUGAGCUGAUGUCAGCGUUUAAGUGCAAAGGAUGAUGGAUUGGACGCUACUGCCAAUGGAGAUCUUCACAAUUGAGGUCAAGCUUGAGGAAGGGACAUCCUCGUUCAGUGGGAUCACUUUUGCCUUCCCAGAAUCCCUGACACAAAAUGGUGGCUUAGGUUGGGACAAUCCAAGGUAACUGCGUGGAAGUUACCGACUACAAGCGUUAUAAUGUUGUGAUAAAGAGACCGUGUAAAUUAUUCUGUAUGGAGAUAUGCAAUCAUAUCUUGUGACUUCGUAUAGGGAUUUCUCAUGUGUCUGCCCUGGUCACCAGAAGAUAGCAGAGCAUCUUUGUUUACAGUAGGAGUCGGUGUGGAUCUUGUUAUCAUCGUUUAGUUAGGUAAUCAUGCUCCAUGCCACAAAAAAAAACUCAAUUUUUUUUUAUUAAGGAUUCUGUAUUUUCAUCACUUCCAUUUAAUAUGCUGUGAAAUCAUCUAAUCACUGUGGCAUGAGUAGUAGUGUUUUUCAGUUGUGUUAAGUUACAGAACCAAUGAGUUGUGUUAAUCUGGUUUAAGUGACGUUUUGAUUGUUGGCAUUUUUGGUGAAAAGCUUUUCAUACUAAUGGACAGUUGUGUGGAAACAAGCAUUUACGUCAAUACAUGACACUAAUCAUAUGAAUGCAUUUUCAUGUGACAUGUUGAAAUUGUUUUUGAAACUAUGCUGUUAGUUGAGAGUGCAAUAUUGAUUUUGAGUGGAGGCCAGGGUAGACAACUCUUGUUUUAUUUAGGUAUUCUUGAAGUGUGCUCAUGUUUUAUCACAACUUUGGUGUGGAGAACUCUCAAUAGUGUCCGUGUAUGAAGAAACCGUUUACCUUUCAAUUUCUCCAUAGUUAUUAGUAUCCUAGGAUAACAUUUCAAUACUUGUAGUCAAAUUACGCCUGGAAUUGAUAUUUCUUUCCAAUAAAAGUAUACGAACGUAGAAAUACUUAGAAGUAUGUACUACUUGAAAGAAGUUAAAAAAAACCCUGAUUUUCUUCAUAUGACUAUAGUUACCCUGUCAUGGCCAUUUCAAAUGAAAAACAAUUAGCGUUCUUAACUUCUUGUGGGUAGUAUUAUUUAUUGGGUGUGAUGGCUAAUGUAGGAGUUGAUCUCUGUGUGUUAAAGGGUUUCCCAAACUGUUGAGAGUCAUCUACACCCUGGUACUAAUUGUCUUACAACUGUUUCUGCAAUAUAAGUGCUGGCUGAUGUAGAUAGUAUCUUCCUACAACUAGUUGUCACAGUAUUGACCUGUUGGUCUAGGCAGCAGGCUCUGGCUUUUGUUACUUUGUUGAUCUUGAAUCCUAUACCCCUUGUCGGCAUUCGACAUUUACAUUUUCUGUCCUAUCAUGAAAUCCCAUUGUCAUACAAACCUGUCCAAAUUCAUUCUCUAUUCAAUCACGUUAAUCUAUAGAUAGAUUGAUCUCUUCCCGUUUCAGCAUUGUGUUAAAAGUUUGUUAUUUGAGCUAAUCUGUGCAAAGUAUGAAACACCCUGUUUUGUAGUUAUUGUUGAAAUAGUUAUCACUGCUGCAUUUCAUGUUGAUGUUAACCAAUCAGAUGCAUCUCUGAAGCUAGUCACUUAAUAUACUCUAACAGUCAUUACUUAAGCAGGUAUAUGAAAAUGACUAAUUAACGAUUGCUCAGGUGUUCAACACACUUCUUGACAAGAUUGUCAUAUGUUAGGUUUGUGGCAGUGUCUUUUUAUGUGAUUUUUACUGUUAACAUGUUAUCUAAUGUUUGAAGCAAGAUUUAGUACAGUCACGAUUAGGGCAUUUGGUGUAGAAACAGACAUGGGGCUUGGAUGCACUUCAGAAUCGUGUGUGCCCCAUGCCUGAAACAGUAUCAGUGUUAUUAGUUUGUAAUCAACUAUAUCAUUUAUGGACCAUUAUACAAAGUAGGUAAAUAUUCUAACUGUAGUCAAAUAGACAUGACUGAAAGGUCAUAGGAUAAACUCUUCAAUUACCAUGGUGAGCUAAUAAAUAAUCAUGUGCCCAAUCAGAUACAUUCAGUAAUGUGCAGGUAUUUUGGAACCUUAUCUUUGAAGCACACAAAUAACUGAUUCUUUAGGUCUGAUACAUGGAAAGGAUAUUGAAAUAGAAGACCUAUUGAAUUAACAGCUGCACUUUGGGAAAUUGUAGCGAAUAUAUUAUCACAGAUGAACAAAAGGAGCUGGAUGAGACAUUACAACAAUUUACAAGAGAAUUCAUCUUUUUUUCUUCUUCUUUUUUUUCACACUUUACUUAAUCUAUAGAACAUAUACCAUCCAAAACAAGUAGGGGAUAUUGGAUUUACAAGAUUGAUAAAAUGCAAAUGAUGAAGCCAAGGAGGAAACAGAUGAUGAAGGGAAAUUCAGAAAAUGUGACAAUUUAUUCCAUUCCUUUGGAAAUGUGUCAUCUGUGUGGAUAUAUAAUACUUUUCUCAUAUGCAUUGGCAUUGGUUAGUGGUAUACUCACAAAAUGGAAUAUCCCCUACUAUUUUUUAAUGGUAUAUUUUUAGAUAUUUGUUAACCUUUAGCAAGUUGUUGAGAUUAGGUUUGUUGGUUUUUUGCAGCAUAUUGAUAGAUUGAAGAACACAUGCAGUAAUUGUUAGUGCUUGCUUAGGAAGCGCCAUGGGAGUUGCUUAGUAUUUUCUCUAGAUAGGUGAGAAAUCAAGCAGGUUGGAACUGAAUGUAUACAUUCAUUAGAUACUUAUUUUCAUAUCUUGUAAAUGCAGUAGUGAUUGAGUAAUGUAAAUUAGUUCAGAGAAAUUUAAAAGGAAAUUCCUUGUGUAAGAGUAGGGCAUCGGAUUGAUAGAAAACAAAACAAUAGGGUAGGAAUUACUUGGAAAUAGAAUUGUUGGGACAAGGGACCUAUGUUAAUCAUGGUCAUGUUUUCAGUAUGACUUUGACUCAUGUUCUUGUUAGCUGAUGUCCUGUUAAAAUGAAUUCUAAUAACAGGUAGAAAAUAGCUUUGUGAAUUGUAAAUCAAAUUAUUUUUGAAUGGCUUUAUCUUUGACGACUUGAUUUCCCAUGUGCCAAGUGUCUGCUUUUGUCCUGAUCUUCCUUCACUGCUAAGCUGCAACAUCACUUUAGCCUGGAUAGAUUGUCAUCACCCUCCAUGUGUCUCAAGUAUGUAUUUUAUGUCAUCAGAUUAUUAAUGUCAACUAUUGGAGGUUCUAAACUUCAGAAAACCAGAAUCACCUUUUCAGUCAUGAUUUGUUCAUAGGUUGUUUAAUUCUGAUACUGUUAGGGGUUUAGUAACGUAUAAGUUAUACAUUUGUGGCCACACCAAAAUUCCAGGUUUGAUUCUUCACAUUGGUACAUUUAAGUACAUUCUUUAUAUGAUGUACUAUGAUAUAGCUGGGAAAUUGCCAAGAGCAGCAUAAGACUUAACAGUCACUGAUUUCCACAUGCACUGAGACAAUAUAUAAGAAGAGAACGACAACUGCUCCGCACAUCUCAUUCAUGUGACCUGAUCUACUGGUCGAGGCUUGUCUGGAACUACUUCCUGAUAUCCACAGUACUUCCUGAUAUGCAAAUACAACACAUGAAGUAGGGUAGACAACUCUGUAGUAUAAAGGGAAGUAACUCUCACAUUGACCAUGAGUUCCUUAAGUGGCUUUCAUUUUCGAUAAGCAAAUUAGGAAAGAAUAUAGGGGUAGUUAAAAUUGUCAUUGCUAUUCUGUUAAAAAAAUAAUAAAGGACUGCCUAUUUCUUUCAUUUUGCUUUAGUUAAUCUGUCAAGUGUAUCUGUCUGGUGUUAACUGUAUCUAAUAUGUAUUCACAUUCUUUAACAAUGAGGCAACAACUUAACCUGAUUUAGUCAUGAUGCAAUUAAACCACAAUUCAAGCUGGAAAAUUUAUUGAAUUAUUUCAGUUAGGACUGUACCACUGAUUGCAAUACCAUUGAAAACCAUGAUGUUCCAUCAGAUUUCAUUCUAGGGUCUCUGAUAGAGUAAACCGAGGUACUGAGAAUGUAUUGAACAAUGACAUUUAAUGGAUCCAACUCCCAGAACUAGGUCCUUGCAUCCAACAUGUUAAUGGUCUUCUUUAACAGGAAUGGUUUCACCUAAAAUUUUCAAUUACUGGAAGAAAUUUCAAAUUAAUGUCCUAAGGUUUUCAUUGUCAAACAUUUUGUAGAAAUACAUGUGGAACGGGUUAUGUUGUUAAGUUUCAGACAUUAUUAUACAUUUGCUAGGGACUACACCUUUAACUGAAGAUGACUUUGAUCCUUAGCAAAUGUGGAGUAGGAUGUAUGGCUUAAGCACAUAUUUUGUGUUUCUACUUAGAAAUGGCUAUGCAAAACUACUUUUCUCAGGAAGUUGAUUCAAAGGAGGUUUCUUUGUUAAGAAAAACUUUUCAUGUGAGGUAAGAAACUGUACAUUGAGUUUUUUUCGUAGGUUAUGUGUGUACUUAGAGGUUAUGGGUACUUUCUGAUGCCUGCUGGGAAAUUGUUUGACACAAUGGUUUUCAUUUUAAUGAUUUCACGUUAAUGUAAAUCUGGAAAGUUUUGUAUGCAGAAAGUACUUUGGAAUCUGCAAGUGACAUGAUCUAAAUAGUUGACACAUGAGAUAGGAUAAGUAUAUAAAUAUACAAUUUAUAGUUAAAAUUUCCCAUUUUGUAAGACAAACAACAUACACAAAAUGCAAGGUGGCCUAUAUCCUUUGUUCACUUCCAAACAUUGUCACUUCAGGAUUAUAUAGAUAAUCUUCACAUCAGUUUUGUCCUUUAUACACAUUAUUUUUUGUGUCAGUAGUCUAACCAGGAGAAUUCUCCAACCUGCCACUAAUCUUCAGGCUCAGAUCAGGGGCGUAACCUUGUGGUUAAAGCGUUGGCUCGCCACACUGAAGACCCAAGUUUGAUUCCCAACAUGGGUACAAUGUGUAAAACCCAUUUCUGGUGUCCCCCGCCAUGGUAUUGCUGGAAUAUUGCUAAAAGUGGUGUAAAACCAUACUCACGUCACUCUGAGGAGUCAAAUCAUAAGCAAGCCUGUCUACUUUGUUAGGUUAACGCACUACUCCAGUCAACAAGAACACACAUGCAGCUAUGGUUUAAUACUCAACUGUAACACUUAUUAUUUCAUCACUCCGCUUCCUACAUGUAUUGGGGCGCUGGGGUAGCCUAGUGGUUAAAGCGUUGGCUCUUCACGCCGAAGACCCGGGUUUGAUUCCCCACAUGGGUGCAAUGUGUGAAGCCCAUUUCUGGUAUCCCCUGCCGUGAUGUUGCUGGAAUAUUGCUAAAAGCAGCGUAAAACCAAACUCAGUCAGUCACUCCUACAUGUAUUACAUAACAUGCUACAGUAGCUUUGUCAGCAGUUUCAUCUGGAUGUCACAAAACUUAUCAGAUCCAGUUGAAGCAGUUGUUAAUUACUAGCUCUUAUUUCAUGGCUCAAAACUUUCCAGAUUUCUAAGUUAAAAACUUUCCAGAUCACUUUAACUUGAACACGUCGUUAGACAUUGCUAACUUGCAGUAGGAAAACAUUCAGAUAAUGUCUUGAAGCACAAAAUGUAUGCACAUCUGUUUCUGGUUUAAUAUAAAUGUUAAUUUUUAGUAUCUUGUAUGCUACUUCAUGAUAUCAAUUUAUCGCCAGUCCUAUGAAGUAUUUACACAACUGUUGAGUUACUUUGAUGAUUUCCUGUAUGCUCUACCUCCUUUAAAGGCCAUUAUGACUUUAUGCAAAUAGUGACACACGGUAUCUCUAUGUUAAACUUGAUCUCAAAGCAUCAUUUCACGGCUAUGCGACACUGAAAAUAUCUGAAAAAGGAAUGUCUUUUCAACUUGGAAAGAGUGUUCUUCUUAUUUACUUGUUUGAAGGAUAUUGCUGACUAGGUGCUGACAAUGUUUUUGACACAACUGUGGAACAUAAGUGAACCACCAAAAUUAUCUCCCUUGCAAGCACAUAGCUAGAGUUGUUUCCCUUUGAUCAUGUGUCAACCCUAAUGUAUAACUUUAUUAUUCACCAUCAUCAUACAUUUGUUGUCAUUUAUUCUAAUUAAGUUAUAUCCAGGUUAUCAACAACAUUUAUUUCAUUCAUGUUAGUGUAUAGUAGAUCCAUGAGAAGUCCUAUUUAUUUGUAUGCCAUUUGUGGAGACUGGCAAAACUGCAGUGCAAUUGUUAUUGAGAUGCUAAAAUAUUUUGUUCGUCCGUAUGUACAUAACAUGAGCUGUUCUUAGCUUACAGCAGUCCUAGAUGUACAUAGAUCUUAGUAUGGCUAUAAUUUUAGACUAAUUUCUUUUCUUUUUUUUCGUCCUUUUUGUUUUUUUGGAAUUUAAGAAAUUGGGAACCAGCUGCUUCCUAGAUCUCAUUUUCUCCCACUGAUAGCUACGCUGCAGUUUGGUGCCAUAUUGAAAAAUGGCAUUUAGAAGCAAAUGGUGAUUAUAAACGUCUAUAUGUGACACUACUCUGUCACUUGUGUUUAACUUACACUACAGUAUAUGUGUGCCAAACUUUCAUUUAUAAGUAUAACCUAAUAUUAGACCCGUAGUUUCUACUAAACAUGGUAAGUGAAAUAAGCUUGAAUUAAAUAUAAUUACAAAAAUGUGACAGGUCAGGCUAUGCCAAGUAUUUUUUUUUUUUGGUUAUAUUUUCCUAAAGACAACCUGUAUAAUAGGAAAAUGAUGCGAUUCUUAUGAACAAAUAAUCAAUUUGUUGUGGCCUUAUGUGUUUGAAAGGAAGGGAUCAUACUUCAACAUCACAUAGAAAACAAUAGCAAGUGUGGUCUGUGCUCGAAGUUUGUGCUAGUAAGGUUGUAUUUUCACUGUCAAAUAGAAAUGUAAUUGCUAAAAUAAAUAUCGACUAAUAAUGUCUAAUCUAUUGUUCAAAAUUAAAGCUUUCAGUAUUUGCUGAUAUUCAGGACCUGCAAAGUAGGUUUCCAGUCUUUAGAUGCUUGAGGUAAACCUUAUAUCCUUGCUCACAAUAAAUCAUAUCAGUCGUUGUUCGUUAUAUUUCUAUGCAUACCCUUGCAAAACUUACUUGAUUUUUAAACUUUCCCAGUAAAGUCUGUACUUUUUAAAUCAUGUUUAUCCAUAUUUUACCUAUCUUGUUUUAUUAUUAUAAUGAUUAUUAUUACGACAGUCUGUCUUUCCUGUGCUGCAUGAAAGGAACGAUGUGAUGAUUGUUUUGAAUCCCAUUUCAAGCAUUAACCAUGCAUUGCUUAGGGUCAUAUUUGAUGUUUAAAGAUUAUUUUGAUCGACUGACUUACAUUGAGGAAAGGGCAUGUGGGUUUGUUUUUUGGGGUUGUUUUUUUUUUUUUCUUUUAUGAUUUAAAUAUUUUACAGUUCAUAUUCUAUUGUAAAAUUCUUAUUUUAGACUGCAUCAAAUCUGAAUUGUACAAAGUUGUACAUUUGCCAUGUGUGUUGUACUUAAGUUCCUGACAUUGUACAUCUUCUGAAGACACUAUUAACAUAAAUAUACUUCUUUAUCUCUGUCCUCCAAGCUCUUUGAUGUUUUAUCAGCUGAUUUUAGAAGCAUGUACAAAGACUUGUAUUCCUGUGAGAUUUCGCUACUUGGGCGGGGCCACAUCUUUAACAGUCCGUCAUCUGUACCCACAAUGCUUUGACCGAAAAACAGUUGACGUCAUCUGAAAGCUUUCUACAUGUUGGACUGUGGACGUCAACUUGUGUAGAUAUUUUAUACAACCAGGGGCUGAUGUACAAAUAAACAAUACAACAAAGUGGA